AGAUUGAAGAGCUCUAUGUCAGACUUUUCUUUUUCCUCUAAUAAUUAUAUAUCAUGUAUUUAUACUUUUUAAAAUUUCUGUGGUCUAAUUAAGUGAGGAAUCAUCUUCUUCUCUCUUUCUUUCUUCCACUCACAUCCAUUUUACCUCUCUCUGCUAUUUCAUCAGGUGAGUGGUUUUCAUCAAGGAAUACUAAGACUGGCGAUGGAGCCGUCACUUUUGGGGACUGCUUUUGUAGAAGGUGGCCCAGAUAGAAAAAUUAAGCUUGAUAGAAGCCCUGGGGUUGACGAGUUAUAUAUUGAGGGAUAUCUGCAAGCCAUGCUAGAUACAGUAUAUAAACAAGAAUACCUGAGGGUGAGAGUCAUUGACAACCAGGUUUUCCUCAAAAACCUACCCCCAAACAGUUCCCUUAUAGAAGAGAUCAUGGAUCGUGUGAAGGGUUUCCUUAUAAGCAAGGCAUUGUUGAAAGGAGAUUCUUCAACAACUUCUCGCCCUCUACGCCAUCUUCGAGGAGAAAGUGAAUGGAAAAUUGGACCAACGGUUCUAACUCUAUGUGAACACCUCUUUGUGAGUUUUGCCAUCCGCAUGCUGAGAAAGCAAGCUGGUAAGCUUAUUGGGAGCAUAACGUGGAAGGAAAAAUCUGAUGACGGCAAUCAGAAAGCAAUUGUGCCAAUAUCCCAAUCUGAUGGUGAGAAUCAGAAAGCAAUUGUCCCUGCAUACCACUCUGCGGAGGGGCUCAAGGUGAAGUUUAUGUGGAGAUGGGGGAUUGGCAAGUUUGUGUUGUCAGGCAUAGUAGCAUAUAUUGAUGGACGGCUAUGCCGUAGUAUCCCUAAUCCGCUAGCAAGACGUAUUGUGAGUGGUUUUUUGUUGAGCUUUCUUGAGACAGAUGAUCAUUAAUUGUGGAUAUUCUUGUAUAUAUAGGAGCGAUUUUCUUUUCAAAAUUUUGUUUGUUUGUUUUGGUCC